CAUUAACGUGUAUUACAUUCUAAAAUAUUGGGCAUUUUAAAUACUGGAAAUUACAUUGCAUAAAAAUAUGGAGGAACCAAACUCCAAAAACAUAUCAGUAAAGUCACAAUGUAAAUAUAAUGAUCAAACUAGUAAUAUAGAGGAUACAGUAGAUGACAAUGAACAUGACUGGUGGGCAAGUGAUAGCGGAUCAAGUACAGGAUCAUAUUAUUCAGACACGGACAGUUCUACAGCAGAAUGGGAAUCAGAAAUCAGUCCUACUGGAGAAUUGUUUUACAUAGAAUCUGCUGCAGAAAGUAUAACCGAUGGUCAUUCUUUAUAUAAUGAAUCAGAACAUGAUUCUCAACCAGAACUGACAAGACGUCGUAGUACAAGAGCUGGAAAACUCAUGAGGCUCAUAAGACGCAAAGAGAGUAAGAGAUGGAGCACAAGAAAUAAAAAAAAUUAUUCCAGCAUUGCAUCUAACAGUAUAAUAAAUUCAGUAAAAGAAGGGAGUACAACUAAGGAAGUGACAUUCAGAGAUUUUCAAGCUGGUGAAAUUCGAGAAGUUACACUCUGUGUUGAUCCAGAUAGAAGACAUAAAUUGGGAAGACGAGCCACGUUAUGUGAAGCAUAUUUUGGAAUUACUCCAGGUGUUUUCUCUGAUAAAACACGAGUUAUGGUUGCUGGAUUUAUACCAGACGGAGAAGCAAUAAAGAACAAAAAUAUUAAAAUUGGUGAUUGGUUGAGAAGUAUAAAUUCAACUAAUGUCACAUAUCAAACUCUGGAUCACGUAUUAUCCGAAAUAACUAUUGCAACAAAUGUAACAUUAGAAUUGCAAAGAGUUGCAGGUAUUGAUGUCACAGAAAAAUUGCCUGGAUUAAAUAUUCCUAAGCAAUCCAUAUUGGUACAAAGAUUAAUGACUAAAGAAGGAAACAAAGACCUAAUGCAGUCUAUAUUAAAUUAUCCACUUGGUGUACUGUAUCUACGAACUGUAGAACUUACAGAAAUUGGACCAGAAUUACAAGGUGUUCUUUAUACAUUUCCCCGAUCAGAAAAUAAAAAUGCUCAGCCUAUUUUGUGCGCAGCAAGAGGAGCUUUCCUAACUCUUAAUCACUUAUUACCAGGAAUAACAGGUUUACAGCCUACAAGUACUACUAUACAGGUAGCAGAAGAAGAAGUACACGUUGUAUACACACCGCGUGACGAAGAAUUACUCCUAAUAGCAUUACCAAAAAAAUGUUGCAGUCUUGAAGAAGCAGUGAAUGUAUCAGUUGAUAUAGUCAGAACCUUAGAGUUUAUGUAUCAAUCACUAACAAAAUGUUUUACUUCUUCUGAAAAACAUACUUCUUUAGAUCACUUCUUCAUUUUAUUCAUUCAACAAUUAUUAGAUUUAAAGAAUUAUGGGAAUAACAUGAUAUUCUCUGAUUGUCCUAUGGAAAUUUUUACUGACAUUAAAAGUAUGGAAAAUUACAAAUUUAGAAGCACCUUUUCAGUUGCAAAUUUCAUUGAGUUAUCGAGAGAUGCACAAAUUCAAAUUGAUGCUGCUUUAAGUGAAAUGGAAGCCAUGGAUUAUAGAGAUUGGAAUGAAGAUCCUAUGGAUUGUCAAAGACUGUACACAAUAUUAGGUAGUUGUAUCUAUCACAAACAUUAUCUUCUUGGCUCUCAUUUAACGCAUAGUGAUUUCAUUGAAGUGGACUCGUAUCUCCGACAAAAUUGCCUUCUAAAUUUAGUAACAAAGGAAUCCGUAAAGAAUCUGGUUAUUUGGAAAAAAGUUUAUCCGUCAUCGUGUAAUCAAGGAACGUUAAAUAACAGUAAAAAUACCCAGCCACUAGUUCCUAAUGGAAAAUGGUUUUUACUUGUUGUUGGCUUUGGACAUGACUUAUUAGCAGUCCUUUUGGAAUCUGGUGGAUGCACUGCAAAAUAUACUGAAAGUAAUGGUCCAGAUAUAUUUUAUGUGGAAGAAGCUCAAGAAACUCUAAAACAUAUACAAAAAAUUGGAGUGACAACAUUAGCUGCUAAAUGGAUUGCAUCUAAUACAAGACCAGAAAUAAUACCUAAUGAAGAUCAUGUACCCACAAAACUAUCAUCUAGUAUCACAGAAAACUUUUUAGGUCUUAUAAAAUCAACUGAUAUCCAAAGUUCACCCACGAAAUCGUCUCUUGCUUUAAUUACCAGCAAAAAAACUCAAGAAAUACCAUCUAUUUUAAAAAAACGUAACACAGAAGAGAGUCCAAUGGUCUUAGGAUCUGUGUAUUCUUUGCAUACAUCGGAAGAUUCACUAAGCCAAGGAACAGGUGGAGUUAGUGAAAUAAGUGAUGAAGCUAUGCCUAUAUUAGGAAGACGAGCGACAAGAGAGAAGAUUUCUAGUGGAUCGAAAUAUUCUGACGAUAGCGACUCUGACAUUGAUGUAUAUAAAAAUGACUGUCGAAUGUUAAGUACAGAUAUAUCUAAUAUACGAGAGAAUCUAUUGACUCAAGCUGAUUAUUUGACACCAAAGAUAUUAACAACAGGUGAUAAAAAUUAUUUAUAUCACUAUGUGCAUUUAGAUAUGGUUGAAGGAAUUCUCCUAUCGUCUGAGCCAUUAGAAAGUUCAACAAAGGAUCACAAGAUUCUAGUUAACUUUAACAAAUGUGUUCACAUGAUACAUAGACUUUUACAUAAUGCAGUAAGAUUUAAAAAAUUGAUGAAUUCAGACAUAGAUAAAACUGUAAUUAAUAAGAGUUUAAUUGCUGUUAAAGAACAUGGUGUGCUAUUUGAAUGGGACAACAUUACUUAUUGGGUUGUUGGACGACUAUAUACAACUCCUCAUCCAAAGGAGUUGUAUGUGUGUUAUCAAGACUCUGCACCUCAAAAUUUAAUUGAAAUAGCAUUCAAAUUACAUUCACUACAAACAUUAAGUUGAAUAUUUUUAUUCUGUUUA